AGAUAUUUUAACCACAAAUCUCGAUGUCCUUAUCCGAGACCGAAUCAGUCAGCCAAGUCUCUGUGAAAACCAGAAUAUCAGGGAUUGUGUCCUGCACCCAGAUAUGAGGAAGGUCCAACUGAGACACCAACAAAGACACAGGCAGGAGUACACUCAGACUAGCUUGAAACAUAGAGUAGCUUUUUGUACCUCUUAUCGGGGUGUUUGACAGUUUGUUGAUAAUUGUGAGACCUUUGUGAGAGGUUUUUGUGUGAGGUAUUUCCUCCGCACACUGUUUCAGACUAGAAGGACAGACAAAGAGACAUAGACAGAAAGAAAAGAGAGAGACACACAAAGCAAUAAACACACAGACAUUCAGUGUUGGAAGACAGCCAUGGGAGUUGAGGAGCAGAGGGCUGGGGAGUUUUACGUGGAGAGGGAUGUUAUGAAUGAGCUUUGCUUGGACAAGUUGGCCAGAAGACGGACUCACUCCACCAGACCUCUCCUGAAGGAGCGGGUGAAAGAUUCCCUCAGGUGUUCAGUGCCCAAGCUGAAGCGUUCUGUGCUGAGCUUUAUACCUAUCCUGUCAUGGCUGCCUCAUUACUCAGUGAGACAAGACGCACUGGGAGACCUCAUAUCUGGCAUAAGCAUUGGCAUCAUGCACCUGCCUAUGGGUUUGGCCUAUGCUCUGCUGGCCUCUGUGCCCCCAGUGUAUGGCCUCUACACUUCCUUCUACCCUGUACUCAUGUACUGCAUCUUUGGCACCUCCAGACACAUCUCCGUAGGCGCAUUUGCUGUGACCAGCAUCAUGAUAGGCACCACGACAGAGAGGCUGGCCCCAAACAGUAACUUCAUGAUUCUAAAUGGAACCAAUGGGACUGAAGUUAUAGAUGUAUUAGCCCGCGAUGCCGCCAGAGUACAGAUAGCAGCCAGCACCACCUUACUGAGUGGGAUCUUUCUGUUUCUGCUGGGCAUGAUUCGGUUUGGUUUUGCGGUGACGUUCCUGUCGGAUCCCAUGGUACGUGCUUACAUGACAGGAGCAGGUAUACAUGUGGUACUUUCCCAACUCCCAAGCCUCUUUGGGAUCCGCGUUGGACGCUUCUCCGGACCGCUGUCUCAGGUCUAUCUCCUAAUAGAUAUCUGUAGACAUCUGCCAGAGACUAACAUUGCGGCCGUGGUGGUAACUCUAGUGGCCUUGGCGGUCCUCAUAGGGGUCAAAGAACUCAACAUUUACUAUGAGAAGAAAAUGCCUGUGCCCGUUCCAAUAGAGCUCAUAACGAUCAUAGUAGCAACACUUAUCUCUUACUACUGCAAACUGUACAGCCUAUACAAAGUGGCCGUCAUCGGACAGAUCCCCAAAGGACUACAGGCUCCCAGGUCACCUGAUAUUAGUAUGUGGGGUUCGGUAGCUGGUGAUGCAUUCGUAGUAGGCAUAGUGGGAUAUGCCCUUAACAUCUCCUUGGGAAAAAUCUUUGGCCAAAAACACGGCUACAAUGUGGACAGCAACCAGGAGAUGGUUGCUAUUGGUCUCUGUAACAUAGUGGGAGGAUUCUUUCAAUGCCACGCUAUGGCUGCUUCUCCGUCGCGUACCCUCCUCCAGGAUAGCACUGGGGGCAAGACACAGGUUGUGGGGCUGAUUUCUUCAGUACUUGUGCUGAUCUUCAUUCUGCAACUGGGGUCACUAUUUGAGGAGCUACCCAAGGCUGUCCUGGCCUGUAUUGUGCUUGUGAACCUGAAAGGCCUUUUUAUGCAGUUUAAAGACAUUCCUGCACUCUGGAAGAGCAAUAAGGUCGACCUGCUGGUGUGGUUGGUAACUCUGGUGUGUACUAUCUUACUGAACCUGGACAUCGGCCUAGGUGCAUCCAUCGGCUUCUCUAUGCUCACUGUCAUCUUCAGAACACAACUGCCGAGGUACUCUAUCCUGGGGCAUGUUCCUGGGACUGAGCUCUACUUGGAUACAGACACAUAUGAGGAGGCUAAAGAGAUACCAGGUAUUACCAUCUUCCGUUCCUCCACCACAAUGUACUAUACCAACGCUCAGCUAUACCUGGACGCACUGCAGGAGAAGAGUGGAAUUGACAUUGGAAUGCUGCUGAUGAAAAAGAAGAAAAGAGACACUGAAGAAAAGAAGAAAGACAAGAAAGAAAAAAACAAAGCCAAAAAGGAGGCAAAAAAGAAUGGUGUGAAUGGAUGCCUACCCAACAAUACAGUCCAUCCAGAUGACAAGUGGGAUGAAGAGAAAGGUUCCCCAGAGCUGAAAUUGAACCAAACACCCAUUGCCCUAGUUGACCGACCCAUCAACGGACAGGUGAACUGGGCCUUUGAGCAGCAAGGUACUGGGUUUGACCGGGGCCCCGAGACUGGCAUUCAUGGCGAUGAUCACAUAACCCAGAUGUCCGGUACAGGAGGAGUAGGAGAGAUGGGGAGGAGCUCCUUCAACGACACACACACCAUCAUCCUGGACCUAUCCACAACCAACUUUGCUGACACAGCCACUGUGAAGACGCUGAAAAACAUAUUCCGGAACUACAGAGAGAUUGACAUUGACAUUUAUUUAACUGGAUGCCAAGUCUGUGUGGUGGAGCAGUUAUCGAGUGCAGACUUCUUCUCUGAGUCCAUCCCUAAAAGCUGUCUGUUCAGUACGAUCCACGACGCGGUGCUACACAGCCUCCGACUGCAUGGGGCCUCAGACGUACCCAUCAUCUACGAGUAUGCUCUGGACUUGGCCUGCACUACCAAGAUGUAACCAACAGGGGUCACAUUGUACCUCUUCCACUCCACCUACCUCCUUCCAUCCCUCCGCUGCCUAGCUUCCCAUUGGUUCCCCUCACCUCUUCCCCCUCUGUGAAAGAGAAUGCACCACCACCGUGUGUGCUUUUUUAAUUUUUAGGUUGGACCAAGGCAGUUCCCCCGUCACGUUAUGUUUAAUAACUGAAGCCAAAAUACCUCCCCAAAAUAUUUGUCAGACACUUGAGAUGUGUAGUCUAGUCUGCAGUUCUGUUCACCCCAUCAUCCUAUUUAAUCCAUUCCUCCUGGGGCCAGUGUAACCCAAACAGCAGUAUAUCCUGUACCAGUCAAAAGUUUGGAUACACCUACUCAUUCAAAGGUUUCUCUUACUUUUUCCUAUUUUCUACAUUGUAGAAUAAUAGUGAAGACAUCAAAACUAUGAAAUAACAUAUAUGGAAUCAUGUAGUAACCAAAAAGGUGUUCAAAUCAAAAUAUAUUUUACAUUUGAAUUUCUUCAAAGCAGCCACCCUUUGCCUUGAUGGCACACUCUUGGCAUUCUCUCAACCAGCUUCAUGAGGUAGUCACCUGGAAUGCAUUACAAUUAACAGUUGUGCCUUGUUAAAAGUUACUUUGUGUAAGUUUUCAUUCUUUAUACAUUUGAGCCAAUCAGUUGUGUUAUAAAAAAUAAAAUAAAACCCCUUGAAUGUUUUUUUGUAGGUGUCCAAACUUUAGACUGGUACUGUAUAUAUAAAUAUAACACCCUUGCCUUUCAUGAACAACCACACACACUUGCCUGUUCCCCUUCUAGCACUGACUUUGCUGAUAGCUACAUACAAUUUACAUUUACAUUUACAUUUAAGUCAUUUGGCAGACGCUCUUAUCCAGAGCGACUUACAAAUUGGUGAAUUCACCUUAUGACAUCCAGUGGAACAGCCACUUUACAAUAGUGCAUCUAAAUCAUUUAAGGGGGGGGGUGAGAAGGAUUACUUUAUCCUAUCCUAGGUAUUCCUUAAAGAGGUGGGGUUUCAGGUGUCUCCGGAAGGUGGUGAUUGACUCCGCUGUCCUGGCGUCGUGAGGGAGUUUGUUCCACCAUUGGGGGGCCAGAGCUGCGAACAGUUUUGACUGGGCUGAGCGGGAACUGUACUUCCUCAGUGGUAGGGAGGCGAGCAGGCCAGAGGUGGAUGAACGCAGUGCCCUUGUUUGGGUGUAGGGCCUGAUCAGAGCCUGGAGGUACUGCGGUGCCGUUCCCCUCACAGCUCCGUAGGCAAGCACCAUGGUCUUGUAGCGGAUGCGAGCUUCAACUGGAAGCCAGUGGAGAGAGCGGAGGAGCGGGGUGACGUGAGAGAACUUGGGAAGGUUGAACACCAGACGGGCUGCGGCGUUCUGGAUGAGUUGUAGGGGUUUAAUGGCACAGGCAGGGAGCCCAGCCAACAGCGAGUUGCAGUAAUCCAGACGGGAGAUUACAUCACUGCUGAUGUAAUCAUAAUGAUGUUGAAAAGUAUGUAAAUCACCCUAAGACAGAAACAUGGUAGUUCAAUAUCCACUGAAUGAAUAGCAGCUUUUCACUCUGUUAUCCAAAAGUGUUUGUGUCAUAUCACUGACAACUUUAGCAUUUUAGCUAAUUAGCAACUUUGCAACAACAUAGCAUCCUUCCCCUAACCCCUAGCCUCGCUAAUGUUAGCCACAACAAAUUGGAAUUCAUAACAUAUCAUACUAAAUGACAGGAGACAGACUUACAUUUUCUACCACUGAGUCCAGGUUUGCAUCACGUAGCCUUGAAUCUAUACAUCAUCAUGUAUUUCAGGGUCAAAUCAAUUUCAAAGGGUGUAUAGUUCUCACCUAGUUUGAACACUGUCAUAGAGCUAAUCUCUUUGUAUUUUUCUAAAGAGGAUGUGAAUAAUUCAUGUUAAUGUGCAUUUUGAACAUUUUACUAAAUUGUUAAUUUCCUGAUCUAAUUCAUCUACUUUGAAUAUGAUUUGUAAUUUUUUAGCAUUGAUCGAACACACAGUCCAAUAUCUUAAAGUAAAUAAUUAUUGUUUCUCAGCACAUGGCUAAAUAAAUACCAGUAAUGUGAGCAGA